AUGUUAUUAAGAUCUAUCUUCCUUGCCGUAUUACCUUCCAUCGCCGCAGUGCAGGGCAAUGCCCUUGCUAACGCGUUGCCCCAACCAUUGGCCUUGGCCUACGCAAAGGCGGUAGCUGCUGAGGCUGGCUACGGUGGUUAUGCCGCUAGCGGAAACGACCCUGCGUCUUACUCCUGCCACGAGUCCUGUGGGUACUCCAUCUUGGCUGCGAGAAAGUGCUCUACCAAUGAAACCGACGAGGAUUCGGGCCCAUACGACGCGGAAUGUUUGUGUACCCAGGGUAGCCAGUUCCAGCGUCUUAUGUCACUGUGUAUGGAGUGCGGUUGGUGUCUCUAUAAUGACUACUGGCCGUUCUUGACGCCUGUUCUUAUCGAGUGCGCUCUCGCCCCUACUCCUACUGGCACCACUUGCUCUCCAAGUAGUUACUCGCUUUAUAUCACCGCCUCUUACGAAGUUGCUGCUGUCGCUUCAAAUUCUCCCGUUACCGCUUCCCUCUCUAGUCACAAUUCUUCUUCGUAUGCCACCUCCGGUUCGGGGAUAUCCAUCGCUUCUUCCACCAGAACGUCCAAUAGAUCCACCACCCGCACCUCCUCUCGCUCUUCUAGAAUCGGUUCUACCGUCAGCUCUACUUCACAAACGUCUGGAGCUGCCUCCACUGCCUCCUCCACCUCUUCGGUAGCCGGGGCUAACGCGCUCGCCAUCGCCUCCUCGGUUGGUGGUCUUGCGUUAGCGGUUGUUGCCUUGAUGAUCGUGUACGUGCCCGCGCCAACGCUCCCAGCGGAUUUAGACACGGAGGUAUGGCACAUUCCACAGACCAAGGAGUGGUUCCUCACGUAUGAGGAGUACCUCGAGCGGAUGGAUUUCUAUAACCGCCGCAAGUUUGUGUGCGAAAUCACGGGGAACUCGUGCCUCAGCUAUUUCGAGGCAUACGCGUCGGAAAAGUCCGAGAUCAAGGGCGUGGAGGAGAAUUUCCCAGAUGUGUUGAAGGAGCCAAUUCUCCGCCACAUCCAAUUCAGCACCACGCCGCGUAUCGACCUCUUGGUCGACGAGACGUACCAGCGCUUCAAGAGCGACUUUUACCCGGGCGAAGAAGUGAUGGUGCGCCUCAAUGGCGCACGCCACAAGGGCACGGUGCGCGAGAAGGCGCGCUUCAACGCGAUUCAGCUCGCGGACGGCACAACGCGUCCUGCGUACUGUCAGUACCGUGUCGCGCGCGCGAGCGACCAGCUGGAGAUCACUGCAAACGAGUCACACCUCGUGCGCGACCGUCGCCUCUUCACCAAAUUCUACCUUAAGUCGUUUAUCAAGCUCACUGUCGGGCGCGUCAACAAGCCCGGCGCGCCGUGGGUCGCGCGAGACGCGUACGCCAAAAAGUACCUUCUUCCGACAGAGUACCCGCCGCACCUCGCGCACUUUAAGGACUUCCAGAAGAAGCUUAAGGGGCCGUCUGCCAGCAAGGCCGAGGUCCUCGCGGCGCUGCGUCUUGGAGCGGUGCUGAUCUUGCCCAAGAUUGAACCCUCCGUGCACAACAUGCUCGGAAACACAAAGACCGAGCCGGCCGCCACCAAGAGACUGAUUCGCGACGAUUUGGAGGAGCCGUACACGUCGCUCAAGCCGUUGCCUCAACGCUUGGACCUCGGGGCGGUCCCGAACUCGUUGACGAACCCGGUCAACGAUGCGGUGGAGGCGUGGACGUUUUUGAACAUCUACCGCACGCCCUUGGUAUUGGACACGUUCACAUUUGAUGAUUUCAUUACGGCGAUGAAAUGGAGCCAGGAUGACUUGGAUAACGAGGGUGCGUGUGAGUUGUUAAACGAGAUCUUCUGCGCUGCCAUCAAGGGGGUGGUGAGUGAGAAUGGAGAGGUUUACGGGGUGGUUGAAUCGUUCCUUGAGGAGGAAGCGGAGCCUCCGACGGAGACCAAAGCUAAAUCAAAGGCAAAUGGUGUCAAGAAGGAAGUUGGGACAAUAUCUGAGGCCAAACCUGAAACCAAUCCUUCAGAUGCCGUGGAUGUGCCACUGGACAGCGACCUCUCCGACAUCGAGUCUGACGACGAUGACCACAACGCAUACGCCAUCCUUAACUACCGCAACGUCUCUUGGGAGGACCGGGUGGCGCGCACGCAGUUCCGCGACGGUAGCUGGCAGAUCAUCCUCCUCGGGAUCCUCUCACAGUUGGAACACACCAAGCACAAGAAGGUUAUUGCGCGCAUGUACAAGCUUCUCGUGCCUCUGGGUACGAAUCCGACACCGGGCACCGUGCUCACCAAUUUCUACACCCACUUCACGCUCGACUUCCGUGUCAAGGCCCUCAAUAUCCUCUGUGAGUUACUCAUCGGCAGCCCCGUCAUCCGCGCGCACAUCGACUUCUGUUUGGAAGAGUCCACGCGGCUUAGACGCGACCGUCUCGAGGCCAUGCGCGAGCACAAGGCGGCCUGGGACGAGGCCUAUGCCGCGAAUGUGAAGAUGAAGACGCUCGCCGGGAACGCCGGGAACGGUGCGGCGAACGCGACGCCGGUGCCGCGCGAGGACGAUGCACGCAGAAAGUCGAAGAAGAAGAACACGGCCGUGCCGCAGGAGCCUACGGAUGCGGAGGCUGCUUUCGCACAGGCCAACGCCGAGUACCGUGCGUUGCUCCAAGAGCGGGUGGAGGCCGUCACGCGCGCAGCCACGAAGCGUGCGUUGCGUAAGAACCUCGAGCGCGAGUUGAACGAGAUCGACUGCCAGCGCAUCCAGUAUAUCGGGCGUGACCGCUUGUUCAACCGCUAUUGGUGGUUCGAGAGCAACGGUUUGCCGAUGCUUGGGGGCGGGAUCAAGAACGAGGAUGAGGAGAACGAGGACGACGACGAUAAUGAGGACGAUGACGAGGUCUUGGAUGAGACCUAUCUCAUGGGCCGGCUCUGGGUCCAGGGUCCGAGCGACACCGACCGGGUGGCAUUUAUCAAGAUGGAAGCGGGGUUGGUCAAGAGUUGGAGAGGCUCCUACCCAGACGAGGGCCUUGACGACAACCAAUCUGCUGGCGAGGGGCCCACGUCUGAGGACGAUCCUGUGGGUGAGCUUAAGACUGAGGCGGGUGUGGAUCCAGUCUUGCCGCCUAACGGAGGCUUGCCCCCAUCUUUUGUUUCCGCCACCAAGGAGGUCUUUUCCAUCGAUUUCGACGGCACCAAGGCCACUAAAGACGGCCGUCCUUUGAUUGACGAGUUUGGGGCUGCGGGGUUCGCGUUGCUGCCGAUUGAGCGCAAAAUCAUCGAGGAGAAGCCGGACCCGUUGUUCAGCUCGGACGAGUGGCGCUUUUACGACAAGCCGGAGGAGAUCGCGGCGUUGGUCACGUGGUUGAACCCGUGGGGUCGCCGUGAGCACGCGUUGCGCAGCGAGCUCACAGCCAUUCGUGACCGCAUCGAGACCAGCAUGGUGGCGCGCCGCAAGGCGCUCGGGUUGGACGCGGCGCGCGAAGAGGAGGCGCGGUUGCAGCGUGAGUUGGCAGCGAUCGAGAUGUCUGAGUCGGAGGUGGAGGAGGUGUCGAGCGGGAGCGACGAAGACUCCGACGUGGAGAUCGCCAGUGAGCCGGAGGACACCGUGAGACGCACGCGCGGCGUGAACGCGCGCGUACAGAAGGGGCUUGAGGCGCGUAUCGCGCGCUACGAAGAGGUGGCUGCAAAGGAAAAGAAGCGUGCUGCAAAGCCGAGCGACAGGAUCAAGGAGAGAGAGACAAAAAGACGGAAGAUUGCCGACCAUGCCGCGAAGAAACAGCAGCGGCAGGAGCUCGUAGCGGCGUUAGAGCGAGUGGGUAGCGGUCGCGAGAAGUUGCGCGUGCUCGAGUGGGUGAAUUCGAGUGCCAGGGAGACUUUGGGGAGCUCGCAUUAUGAGUCGAGGAGAAAGGGAAAGAAGUAG